AUGCGUCUGACCAAAGAGGAGAAAGUCGAACUCAAGGAGCAGGGCACAGUGAAUCCUGCGUUUGGGGACAAAGACGGUGACGGACCUCCGCAGCUGACCGUCGACAUCGAAGAGCCGCUGGCGGAGGCCCUCGAGGAGGCCGUGGACAAGAGUGCGGAUCUGGUGUACUCCCUCAACGACCGGCCGCCGUGGUACCUCUGCAUUCUGCUCGGCUUCCAGCAUUACAUCCUGGCGUUUGGGGGCAUCAUCGCGGUCCCCCUGAUCCUGGCCGAGCCGCUCUGCAUAAAGGACAACAACGUCGCCAAGAGCCAGCUCAUCUCCACCAUAUUCUUCGUGUCGGGACUAUGCACACUCCUGCAGACGGCCGUCGGUACCAGGUUACCGAUCCUUCAGGGGGGGACGUUCAGUUUCAUCACCCCGACUCUGGCCAUUCUCGCUCUCCCCAAGUGGCAGUGCCCCGACCCGGAGGCGUCCGCGACGUCGUCCACGCAGCUGCAGAACAGCACCAGCUCGCCGCGGAGCGGGGACCCCGACGAGGUCUGGAUGUCUCGAAUGCGUGAGAUCCAGGGGGCCAUCCUGGUGGCCUCUCUGCUCCAGAUCGUCCUGGGCUUCUCUGGGCUGGUGGGUCUGGUUCUGAAGUACAUCGGCCCGCUGGCCAUCGCGCCGACCAUCAACCUCAUCGGCCUGUCGCUGUUCAUCGAAGCUGGCAAGAAGUCUGGAGGCCACUGGGGAAUCGCUGCUCUCACGGUGUGCCUGAUUCUGCUGUUCUCUCAAUAUCUCAGCAAAGUCAACGUUCCCAUGAUCGCCUACAAGGAUAAGAAGUGGAAGGUCUUCCAGUAUCCUCUCUUCAAGCUUUUCUCCGCUUUGUUCGGGAUGUGCGGCGCCUGGCUGGUCUGCUUCCUGCUGACCGCGUUCGACGUCUUCCCCGCCAAGGCCGACCAGUACGGCUACUCGGCCCGGACCGACAUCAGCCUGGACGCCGUGAAGAACUCCCCCUGGUUCCACGUGCCGUACCCGGGUCAGUGGGGUGUGCCCACGGUGAGCGUGUCCUCGGUGUUGGGUAUGACGGCGGGCGUCUUGGCGUCCACCAUGGAGUCCAUCGGCGACUACUACGCCUGCGCUCGGCUGUGCGGCGCCCCGCCGCCACCGACUCACGCCAUAAACCGAGGCAUCGCCGUGGAGGGCAUCGGCUGCAUCCUGGCGGCGCUGUGGGGAACCGGGAACGGAACCACCUCCUACAGCCAGAACAUCGCCGCGCUGGGCAUCACCAAGGUUGGCAGCAGACUGGUCCUGCAGACGACCGGCGUCCUGAUGAUCGUCCUGGGGAUCUUUGGGAAGUUCGGAGCGGUUUUUAUCACCAUCCCGGACCCGGUCAUCGGAGGCAUGUUCCUCGUUAUGUUCGGAAUGAUCGCGGCGGUGGGAAUAUCCAACCUCCAGUACGUGGACCUGAACUCGUCCCGUAACCUGCUCAUCCUCGGCUUCUCUACCUUCAGUGGUCUCGUUUUACCGACCUGGUUCCACUCCAACCCCGGCACCAUUGACACAGGAGUAAAGGAGCUGGACCAGGUGAUCGUGGUGCUCUUCACCACACACAUGUUCAUCGGGGGGUUCUUCGGGUUCAUCCUGGACAACACCAUCCCAGGCACCGACAAAGAGCGUGGCAUCAAGAGCUGGCAGGUGGAGGAGGUGCAGCAGGGGAGCCAGCCUCCGUGUGACGAGUCUUGCUACGACAUCCCGUACCUGAACAGUGUCUUCAAGCGCUUUAGAUGUUUCCAGUACCUUCCCUUCCUCCCUUCCUACAAGACCACCCAGCACGGAACAUCUCAGUCCUGAAGGUUCCCCAAGACCACCCAGCACGGAACAUCUCAGUCCUGAAGGUUCCCCAAGACCACCCAGCACGGAACAUCUCAGUCCUGAAGGUUCCCCAAGACCACCCUGCAGGGAACAUCUCAGUCCUGAAGGUUCCCCAAGACCACCCAGCACCGAACAUCUCAGUCCUGAAGGUUCCCCAAGACCACCCGGCAGGGAACGUCUCAGUCCUGAAGGUUCCCCAAGACCACCCAGCACGGAACAUCUCAGUCCUGAAGGUUCCCCAAGACCACCCUGCAGGGAACAUCUCAGUCCUGAAGGUUCCCCAAGACCACCCAGCACCGAACAUCUCAGUCCUGAAGGUUCCCCAAGACCACCCGGCCGGGAACGUCUCAGUCCUGAAGGUUCUCCAAGACCACCUAGCAGGGAACAUCUCAGUCCUGAAGGUUCCCCAAGACCACCCAGCAGGGAACGUCUCAGUCCUGAAAGUUCUCCAAGACCACCCAGCAGGGAACAUCUCAGUCCUGAAGGUUCUCCUACGGGGCAGUGUUGAUGAGGGCUCCAUCAGAUAAACACCUGAAUCUAAGCCGUGUAUCUUCUUCUUUUAGGACUCCCAAGUUCAACAAGUGAGUCCUUGUUUAGACUAAAACAUCGACUUAUAACUCUUCUUCCUUCUUCUUCUUCUUCUUCUUCUUCUUCUUCUAGAUAUCCAGGUUGAUAAAACAUUGGUAGUGCCUGAACAAGCAAAGAGCAGCAUGAUACACUCAGAUUACAUAUUUUAAUUUAAUUUAAAUGUAAUAUUUUUAAACAAUAGCCACU